AUUACUUCUCCAUGUAUUUCUCCAAUGUUUAUCUCUACUAUUGAAAGACGCGACAAUGAAGAUGGUUCCCAGGAUAUAGAAACACAAAACCGGUGUCGGAAGCAGCAGCGGCAGUAGCCACCCUGCUACGGUGUUAUCACGAUCGAGCAUUCAAAUUGCUUUUAUCAGAAGCCGGAUUUUUUCUCAAUCAUUCUCUUUUGCUCUGCACUAUUUAUUUUUUGAGUUCUUCUCUCAAUUAAACAAACAUUCCUUUCAAACCCUAACCCUAACAAUGGCGAUGGAUGCAUCCGAAGAUCGCACGAAUUUUGAAGACGAGUACUCACCUUCAUCAACCGUUUUCAAAUUCGACCGCCCAAUCCCCUUACUUCGAGGACCGUUACCGGCAAGUCCUUCCGAUGAUCCAUCGGCGGGUCCUUACGUUCUGGCCUUCAGAGACUCACAAGCUUGGGCCUCUGCAUUCAUAGCCUGCGAGCGCAAAAUCGUUCAGCAAUGCGAGGAAGGGGCAAGGAUUGGUUGUGCCAUCAAUGCUUCCAGGAAGUGCAAGCCUCCUUGGUGGAAGGCUCUGUCUGGUCCCAAACUCUCUGAUUUGAAGGAACGAGAGAUUUGUGAAGUACGCGAGAUGGAGGAGUGUUUCGUGGUGGCGAAAGAGAAGUGUGUUGGCUUAGCUAGGGAAAAGUGUUUGGUUCCUUUUAGGGAUGCGAGGAUUAAGGUUGGGAAAGGGGUUUUGAGUUCAAAGGAAGCUGUGAAGUUGAUUGGAUGGGCUUCAAUGCCAACAAAUAAAAUGAGUUCUAAGUGUUUGAUUGGUGGUGAAUUCGGCGUGAAUACUCGGAGGGCUAGUGAGUUGUUGGGUUCUGACGAUUGUGUGAAACGGAUUUUGGAUGAGAGACAACAAGGGACCAAAAAUUGAAACAAUUUUUAAACGAGGAAGCACGUCCUGCAUGAUUUUGUUGUCUCAGAACCUUGUCAGAAUUGCCAUUUCAUAGAUCUCGGCGAAUCAAAGUAUCCAGGUUUUUCUUCCCUCUAAUUUUUUGCUUUUGCUGGCUUUUUUGCGUAAUAAAUUACAAAGAGGUAUUUGUUUGUGUAGUGGCAUCAUAACUUGAAAACAAAUGCUCUAUAGUUCCAUCUAUUUUGAUAUUUCAUAUGGUAACGCAGAGGUUAGAUUCUAACCUCUGAAUUCUGGAGUCUAACUGAAUUGAAUCUGUUAAUCAAAUUUGCCAUGUACUUCCUUUAUACAAAGUUGUUUUAAUGUUCUUCAAUUUGGCCAGUUUAAACCCUAAUCUAUGGAAACUCAAAUUUUAUGGAGUACAACCAUAAUGUGUUCACCCCCCACCACAUACACAGACAUAAUGAUGAAAGGGAUUUUGAAGGGAACUUAAAUUAUUUAUUCCUGUAUAUGUAUAAAUCGACUUGGUAGGUUAACUCAAGGUGCAAGUUUACAUUUCAAUUUUACUUGCUCUAGCUGUUUGAUUGCCUUUGGAAUGGAGCUUCAUUGUUUGUCUA